UGUGUCACCAUCAAGAGCUGAGGAAGACGAGCAGAAAUGAGGAUUGAAUUCUGCACGCUGCUCCUGCUUUUCCCCCUGGCCCUCAGUCUUAAAACUGACUUCCAGGUGAGUCAGCCCCAGACGCAGGUGGUCGGCCACAACGGCUCGGUCACAAUCGCGUGCGAGCUCCGAAACGGCCAGGCGAACUGGACGAUGGACACCAAGCUGAAAAGGAAAAGCAACGACAGUGUGGUCUGCCAGGCUUCGACGAGGAAAUCCCGGGACUGUAUUUGGAGGCAGGAAGUGUGGAACCGCACCCUCUUCACCCUCUUCAACGUGCAGCCAGGUGACGAGGAACUGUACGUUUGCGAGCUGGCCAGGACGUCCUCCCGUCCCAUCCUGACACGAAAGGGGAAUGGCACCCUGCUGAUCCCAGAUACUACAGUAACCCCAGUCUCACUCAAGCCCAGAAAAUCCCAGUGUUCCGACGCCAGUCCAUUUAACUGGAUUCUGAUUGGACUGGUGGUGUUCUUCUGCAUCAGCAACCUCAUCGCCACCUCAGCCUACAUUAAACUGCGGAUUCUGCAUGGCAAACAGAUUGAGGAUCCACCGGUCUAUGUGCCCAUGCAGGGGAGAGCUGGCCCACAGCGCAUCAGCGACUACAUGAACUUUCAGAAAGUGCAUCCAGAAGGCAGGAUCUCAGACAAAGUCUUCAUAUACAACCCAUAUUACAGCCCAGACUGAUCGAUCUCAAUCAGCAGGAACCUCAGAAAGGCAAAGCAAUGAUCCUUUUCAUUUUAUUAAUCAGUUUAUUUUACUGCCGUUUCGCUCUUCAACAGGAAAGCUGCGUUAUUUCCAGAGAUUAGGUGAAGUGAUUUUCGUAAGACUGUUUUGAGGUGUGAGAGAUGUAGGAAUCCACUGUCAAACAUCUGUGCUAAACCGUGAAUAUGUUCUGUGUGCCCGUUAUUUUUGCUGUGAGAUGUAUACCCAGUCCCUGCUUCAUCUUUCAGCAUUUCAACUGUAAAUGUACGACUCUGUAAAUCUGCAUGUAUAAUAAUGUACACAGAACACACUGGAGAUGAAGCUCUCUCCAGUGGGUGUUUAUGGGAACCUUCAGUUUGAGCCAAGCUGACCAACAGCAUCUGUGCAAUAAAGACGUUAGGAAUGAAACUGCCUCAUGGAAAAUGGAACAAGUUUCCCCUUCGUGUGACAACAGUUGGGCUGAUAGAUCACAAUAUCAGGUAGUGUGAUAUUUGAUGAUUACACUGAUACAUUUUUUCCACAUUACCAUCAAUUUACCACAAUAAACAGUUAUUAUCAAAUCUAUCCCCUAGAAGCGAGAAGAAGUGAAGUUAACCACAGAUGAACUUUUUUCCAUUUCAAGAUUUAGCUUGUUUUAAACUGCAACGUCAACAACUACAUGUGUUCAAUUAUGCAUUUUGUUUUGGUCAGCAAGCGGCAGGCCUAAUACUGAAUCCAUGUGCCCAGCAGAUUCCUCAAUGUGGUAGCAAGGAAACCAGUUCAUUUCUUCAUGGCAAAGCGCAUGUAUACUUGCAAUACUUGUGCCACCUAACCAUCUGCUGCUGCUGGAACCUGAGAAAGCAUUCUUACCAGGGCUCUGUAGCUUGAAAGGAUAUAUUAGCUGAUACAAUGUCAAUAAUAAAAUAAAUGCAAAAACCGAUGCAU